GACCUCCGCUAGAAGGUAACGUUGAUCAUGUUCAACAUCAUCCCCAGAAUUUAUUAAAUCUUAGAUAGAGAUUCUGUUUUUUGUUACUUAUAUAUGUUUCAGGGCUCAGGGCUGAAGGCACCCUCCUCCGAUCUAACUUUUUGAGGGGGGGCCUCCAGCCCCGGCCCCUUUUUCUCGAGGGGCUGGCGGGCGGGAAGGCCUCCAAACGCCCACGUUCGCGGCCUCGCGGCCUCUUGCGUGUACCCUACAGAACCCAAAUUCCUGAGGCCGUUCAAGCACCGACGGCCGGGGGCGGGAGGCUUGCGAAAGCGGCAAAGGUGACAAAGCUGGAGGCCCUUGCCGUGUUGCAUGGACCCUACAGGCCUCACAUGCCGUGUUGCCUGUACCCUACAGACCUCCCGCGCGCGGGCUCCUCACUGGGGGGGCUUGGGAGGUGGAAGGCCUCCGAGGGCCGCAGGUGGCAAGGCUUGACACCUUUCGCCGUGCUGCAUGUAACCGACAGAACCCAGGCGGGCACGUCUUGCCCCCCCUCCUCCUCGCCUUUGGUCUUCAUCCCCCCGGGUGUUUGGUGGCGGCUGACGUUGCCACCAAUUGGGGGGAUGAGCGCCAAAGGGGCCAGGCUUCGCGACCGUGGCCGCCUUCGGCGGCCUUCUUCCCCUGGAGGUUGUCCUCCUGAUAGGGUCCAAGAGUCGGGACGCCUGUGGGGUACACGCGGAGAGCCGCCAGGGGGCUCCGGCUCCGCCUUUUGAGGCCUUCGCCGCCGGGAGUCCUUACAUGUCACCGCGGCGGAAAAAAGUGCGCGCGGACGCCACCCCCGCUCCAUCCACAGCGGGAGGGGCCUCCCUCCCUGGUAGGUAUAUAUGUAACCCAGUAGUGCCUGCUUGUCUGCAUACUGAUGCGACUUUGACAACAUGCUUGAUCUACGAAAGAAAUCUGACAUCAUGUUCUUUUCAAAGAAAAAUUUCGUCAAAUGUCAAACAUCCAACGAAAACUCAUGAUGAAGAAGGCUACGACAAACUACAACCCGAGCACAAGACGAGAUGAUUCGUGACUCCGAAGUUGGAGGCGACGUGUUUCGCCUGAAGGUUGCGAAGAACUGCAGAUGAAGAGAG